AAAUCAGCACAGCAUGAUUCAUGCUUCCAGCAGAAUGCACCGUCAAAUGGAAUCACUCGGUAAAAACGUCCCAACUCUCUGAUUGGAUAACGUAGAUGACGUGCUGACGUGUUGUUGAUGUGCGGGAAGCUUUGAUCUACGUGGGUGGUCCAGCUACGUAGAGAUCAUUCAUAAACACCGCCAGCCUGUCAUUAAAGAAAUAAACAUGCGCACCUUGUUUUUUGUAAACAUGCAUACAAACGCCUACGCUAACUUGUUGCAUCUGAAACGGAAUAACAUACGUUCAAGGUUUUUAGCAGAAACAGUGUCACGAUGAUUACAUACACCAUCGCUAACAACGCUGUGGAGUUAAGUCUGACAAUACAAGCUAAGCUACACGCAUUAACCACAGAGAAAUAACGUUAACUGCUACAAUGGCUAUAUGAAAACAAGACAAUUCUCAAUCGAGGACCACCCACACACCGAAGGAGUCUGCGAGGAGAGGGAGUUGAGGCUGAGGUGGGAGGAGGGCGCCAUUGCAGCCGCAGCUGGCAGUGUGCGAUUGAGGAGGUACAAGCGUUAUCAAACUUUACAAUGUCGAGGGGCUUUUCAGGCGUUUUUCAGACCCAGCCCUCAGUUACGGGGUUAUAGUGUGAAAACGGAAAAGCGGGAUGGACGGCUUGCCUUUGAAGAGGAGAAAAUGUGGAGCCACAGCGCCGAACCAAAGCAGCCUCUCACCAUGAACACCAGUAGGAACUGCACCACGGUGGGGAAUGGUGAGGGUCUGGCCGCCCUGGAGUCAGUCUCCAUUGUGACCAUCACACUCCUUGCCUGCCUGGGGAAUCUCUUGAUCGUGGCGACCCUCUAUCGCAGACCUUAUCUGCUCACACCCAGCAACAAGUUUGUGUUCAGCCUGACCCUGUCCAACCUGCUGCUGUCCAUGCUGGUACUGCCGUUUGUGGCCGUGAGCUCGGCGAAGAGGGAGUGGGUGUUUGGAGUGGUGUGGUGUAACUUCACUGCCCUGCUCUACCUGCUCAUCAGCUCUGCUAGCAUGCUCACCCUCGGCGCUAUUGCCAUUGACAGGUACUACGCAGUGCUUUACCCAAUGAUCUACCCCAUGAAGAUCACAGGGAACCGGGCAGUCGUCGUCAUCGCCUAUGUGUGGCUACACUCCCUGGUGGGCUGUCUGCCUCCUCUGUUCGGCUGGUCCUCCUUUGAGUUUGACUGCUUCAAGUGGACCUGUGUUGCUUCUUGGCACAGAGAGCCAAGCUACACAGCCUUCUGGGUCACCUGGUGCAUCCUCCCCCCCUUAGUCAUCAUGCUGGCCUGUUACGGUGUAAUUUUCCGUGUAGCCCGAAUGAAAGCCAGGAAAGUUCACUGUGGGACAGUUGUUGUGGCUCAGGACGACUCCACUGGAGCUCAGAAGAACGGACGUAAAAACUCCAGCACCUCCACUUCCUCUAAUGGAAGCCGGCGGAGCCUGGUGUAUGCAGGGAGUCAGUGCAAGGCCUUUGUCACCAUCUUAGUGGUGAUCGGCACCUUCCUCAUGUCCUGGGGUCCGUAUGUGGGGGUGGUGUGCACCGAGGCUCUGUGGGGACAAGGGAGUGUGUCUCAGGGGCUGGAGACUUUUGUAUCAUGGCUGUCCUUUUGCAGCGCAGUGUGCCACCCACUCAUCUAUGGUCUGUGGAAUAAAACGGUGAGGAAGGAGCUGCUGGGCAUGUGUUUUGGAGAUCGCUACUACAGAGAGUCGUUUGCCACACGGCAAAGGACAUCCCGCCUCUUCAGCAUCUCCAACAGAAUCACAGACUUGGGUAUGUCCCCACACAUGACAGCCAUGCUGGCCGGUGGAGGGCACCUGCUGGCCCCAGGGAGCAGCACAGGAGAUACUGGCUUCAGUUUCACUCAGGACUCAUGCACAGACGUGAUGCUGCUGGAUAACUUCUCCACAGACGGGUCCUCCCUCUUACAGCAACACGGUAAUCCGUCCGGGAAGAGGAGGAGCUCCGUCACCUUUGAAGACCAGGUGGAGCAAACCAAAGCUGAAAACCUCAACACGUCCGCGGUUCAAGUCCACGCAGAGGUACACAAAUCGCUCGACACCUUCGCUUCCUGUCUGGCGAAGGCUAUAGAGAGUGACGCUAAGCUCACCCUGUUUGGGGAGGGUCUGGCUCUGCCGGAGGGACUGUUUACGACCAGGGCAGCACCGAGACCCAGAUACCUGGACGGUCAGAGACUGAGGCUGGAAAGCAUUGAUGAGGGGAUCGGUAAAGAUGACCGAGAUGAUGAUGAUGAUGAAGAGGAGCAGGACGUGGAGGAAAAACCGGCCUGACCACAGCAAGUGUGUUCAUUUGUCGGACAUGUUUAUAGAUCGUACUCAGUUUAUUAGUGAACUGCAAGGGUUUCACACCCUCAACAGUCACAAUAGGUGACCAGCAGUGGUUUGUGGUGCAGUUUAUGAAGUCUGAUCUCUGUACACAUGGGUACUCCAUACUUGAAAUUAUUAGGAAACAGGAAGAUGCACAUUAUUCAUUCCACUAUGUUGGACCAAGUGCACCAUCAGUGACUUUGCAAGCUUUUGUAUGGAUGCAUGUAAUCAAAUAGGAAGCCUUAACUACUGUAACCGAAGUGAUCGUAUUGUUGUAGUAAUUUGUUUAUUACUAUAUAUUAUGGUAUGUCCUCAGAAUUUGCAAUAAGAUGCGUCUCAUCGCAGCUGGAAAGUAUGAAAAAAUAGUAGUUUCUAUCUUCCAAAAGACUCCUAACACCGUUGUCAGAUCACUUAAAAAUGUCUCCUUUAUUACGUGGCUAAUGUGAGGCGUCCAUAUUCGUUUGUUUUUCAAAUACUUAUGUAAUAUUUAAUGUCAAGUCGGAUAUAUAUCGCAGUUUCUCAGUAACGACUGGGAUGAUGAUGAUGAAGUUGGGCCCCUCUAAGUACAAUAACUUUGAUAUGACAUGAAUGGAGCGUAAGCUAAAGUUUAAUCAGCCAGAAUCAGUGGAAACGCCUUUGCAGGGCCUUUUUAAUGUACAAAGAAGACAUUUGAAAAGGCACUGAAAGUCCUUUGGUCCAUUUUUUGGGGGCAUUUUAGGCCUUUAUUUGAACAGGACAGCUUAGACAUGAAAGGGGAGAGAGCGGGGGAGUCACAGCAAAGGACGCAGUCGAACCCGCAGCUGCUGCGUUGAGGCGUAAACCUCUAUAUAUGGGCGCACGCUCUACCAGGUGAGCUAUCCAGGCGCCCCUGUCAGUCUUUUGUUUGGACUUGGGCACGUGGACAAGAAAAAGUUUGUUUUCACACAUAUUGUUUAAAAGGUUACGAUAACCAGAAGGCCUUUCCUUGACACGGACUGUAAAUCACAAUGUGUUUACAUUUAGGACAACUCCUCGGUUAUAAUUCUGACUGAUUAUCACAUUGCACAGCAGCAUGGUAAGGAGAGGGCAGACUCUAGUUCUCAUAUGUACCCAACAUUCUCAGUAUGUUAUGAAAUCUUUCUGAAGAAAUUUGACUUCUGACCAUUUUUCACCAAAGACAUUUUGAAAUGUCACAGUAGAAAAAAAAAAUGCAGGUGUAAAUAAAUAAAAAAAUAAAAAAAUUGAUGGCCAAAUUCCAUUUAGCUGGCUUAGGUUGAGGGUCCUGGUAUUGUACAUUUUGGCACACUGUCACAGAUUACUGAGAGAGAACAGAGCCAUGGGUAAUGUUUAGUAACACCGUGUUUUUACUACUAUGCCAAGUCAAAAUAUCGGCUAUGAAAAAGGCCUAUUGAUAUGGAUUGAAAACACAUCGGCCUGUAGGUGUUGACUGAUGUCAUUUCCAAGGGUCAUCUGACUUCUACCCCCGUGCGUGCUUUGAUAGGUCACUUAUAGAAUGAGUAGAAACAGGUACAGUUUGUACAUUUCGUGAUUAUCUGCUACAGUAAUUAGACUUGAACAUGCAGCGUGAGCUUGUUCUCAUAGAAACCACUCAUUGUGUGGCAGAGAAAGUGAUUAUUACUGUUUGGUCAGUGUUUUUGCAUACCGUAAAGCAGUAUAUUAACAGUGAUGUAGUGAAGACGACAUUCAGUAACAAAUGUGUGAGUCCAAAAUUAGGUAAUUUGGAGACUGAUUAUAUUAAUGAAAAUGCAUUUCAUAAUAUUUUGCACAUUACUGAGCAGUGCACAACGACCAUGUCCGAAAUAAAUUACUGUUUGAUACGUUGAUCAUUGAAUAUUCAAGUCACUAAAAAAUUCUGUUUACUGUUGAAUGUCUGAGAAACUGGUCUUAAUCUACAACACUGUCUUAGUAAAUAUUCAUUGGUACGUAUGGUUUACCUCAGUUUAUACACUCCACCGCUUCCUUCACUAAUAUGAAAGAAACUCAGAGAGGACAUUUGUAAAAAGGAGAGCGUUUCGGUCUUACCUCCCAUUUUCAUAUUAUGUUUGAACGGUACUAUACACCUGAGAAGUGAUUUAACCUUUUGAUUUUUACUAUACAGUAAAUAUUGAUACAACCAUUUGCCAUUUAAAGUUUUGUAUCAAGGUUCUUCUAUUAAAACUUUUUUGCAUAAAA